AUGACAACUAUCUUGGGCGAGCUAAAAAAUCAAUAUGAUCCCGAGAAGAAAUGGCUUAAGUGUAGUGAUACUCUGACACCUAGUUCCUGCAAAGAAGCCAUAGAAGGCAAAUGUGAAGAAUGUACAUAUCAGAAUUGGAUGGAUUUUUUGCUAUGUCAUUAUCACAAGAAACAUUCCCAUGGGUAUUCAGGUAAUGAUGCAACUGACUGUGAGGCGUCAUGUAAACAAGUAUAUGAGAAAUGUUGUGCUAAAGAUACAUCUUUAUGGGGAUUUUUGCAUAAUAAGACUGAAUUAAAAAAUCUAUUGAAAUUAUAUUAUUUUGGACAAACUUGUGGAGAUAUUCAGCCAAUAUUGCUUGACCACCAGAAACCAGAAUAUAAAAAAGCUUGCCAAUUUGUUAAUGAGUGCCUUCAUAUAUUUCGAGAAUUAAAGGAAAAGUAUUGUCCAAACAAAACUUUUAAAGUUGUAACGGGCAAAAAUGGAACCCCUGGGAAUUUUAGUUCUAGUCCUGUAUGUUAUCAAUUAGAACAAUUUUUUGACAAAUAUCAAACUACUCUUUAUCAGUCUUUAGAAGGAAAACAAAAAGGAAAUCACAAUAAAAUGUCAUCCCUAGAGGAACACCCAGACGCAGCUCGAGUCAGAUGUGACGUAAGCGAGGACUUAUAUUACACUCCAUUCUUUAAAAUAUUCAAAUAUAACAGUCGUCGGCUUACCACAUUUGGAAGUAUCGUUUUUGUAAUUUUUUUCAUACUUUUCAUGAUACUGAUGAUGCAUAUUCUGUUUAAGUUCACCCCGAUUGGAGAUGCGAUCAACCCACGAAGGGCCCAUGUCAGAAGGAAAUGGAGAGACAUACAAGGCGAAAAUUACUACCCGAAUAGUAUGGGCUACUAUGGUGAUGGUAGUACGUAUAGUGACAGUAGUAGGUUUGGUGAAAGUAGUACGUCUGAUGGAAUUAGUAUGUCUAAUGAAGGUAGUACGUUUUAUUAUAGUGCGCCUGAUGGAAGUAGCAUGUCUAAUGAAGGUAGUACGUUUUAUUAUAGUGCGUCUGAUGGAAGUAUUAGUAGCUUCGGUGAGAGUAAUGAAUCCGAAGGGAGUACUACGCUGGAUGGGAGUACCACGUCUGAUUCGAGAAGUACGUUUAAUUAUAGUUCGUAUGAUGACGGGCCAACGUCCACAGAUAGCAGUUUUAGCCUUAGUUAUCGAUCAGCGAGGCAUUAG